AUCUGAGGCAUAUUGUAGUUUGAGGUAAAUUUUCUUGUAGUGAUUAUAGAAACCCUAAAAACCCAGAGAAGUAGAGCAGGGAAAUUCUCAUUUUUAUUUUGCAUUUCCAUUUUCUCGGAAACCAAAUAUUCUCAUUGAUGGCUUCUCUUCGAUUCACAAGCCCAACUGAGUUGAUCUCAUCAUCUUCUCCUUCUUCUACGGUUUCCACUGGGUUUUGUCAGAAGAAUUUGUCUCCUUUCGUCUCGAGAACAUGGUUAUCUCCGAGGUCUCGACUGAGGAGCUUUUCAAAACGACGCCAUUCCGGAAUUUGCUGCACGUUUAGCUCGUUUACUACCCCAAUGGAGUUUGCAAAGAUUAAGGUCGUGGGUGUGGGAGGUGGAGGCAACAAUGCCGUUAAUCGCAUGAUUGGUAGCGGUUUACAGGGUGUUGAUUUCUAUGCCAUAAACACGGAUGCUCAGUCACUAUUGCAAUCUGCUGCGGAGAACCCUAUUCAAAUUGGAGAGCUUUUGACUCGUGGACUCGGUACGGGUGGGAAUCCAAAUUUGGGGGAGCAAGCUGCUGAGGAAUCAAAGGAGGCCAUUGCAUCUGCUCUUAAGGGCUCGGAUCUUGUGUUUAUAACAGCAGGUAUGGGUGGGGGUACAGGGUCUGGUGCUGCUCCAAUUGUUGCCCAAAUAUCAAAGGAAGCAGGUUAUUUAACUGUUGGUGUGGUUACCUACCCAUUCAGCUUUGAAGGACGUAAAAGAACGCUGCAGGCAUUAGAGGCAAUUGAAAAGCUGCAGAAAAAUGUUGAUACCCUUAUAAUCAUUCCCAAUGACCGUCUGCUAGAUAUUGCUGAUGAGCAAACACGCCUCCAGGAUGCUUUCCUUCUUGCUGAUGAUGUCCUACGACAAGGAGUACAAGGAAUUUCAGACAUAAUCACGAUACCUGGACUGGUAAAUGUGGACUUUGCAGAUGUAAAGGCAGUCAUGAAGAACUCCGGAACUGCAAUGCUUGGAGUGGGGGUUUCAUCCAGCAAGAAUCGUGCUGAAGAAGCAGCUGAGCAAGCAACUCUGGCUCCUCUGAUUGGAUCAUCAAUCCAAUCGGCUACUGGAGUAGUAUAUAACAUCACUGGAGGGAAGGAUAUAACCCUGCAAGAAGUCAACAGGGUGUCUCAGGUUGUCACAAGUUUGGCUGAUCCUUCUGCCAACAUUAUAUUUGGUGCUGUUGUGGAUGAGCGCUACAAUGGGGAGAUCCAUGUGACUAUCAUCGCGACUGGUUUUACACAAUCAUUUCAGAAGACACUUCUAACCGACCCAAGGGGAUCAAGCCUGGUGGAGAAGGGAAAAGGAGGCCAAGAAAGCCAGAAAUCACCUGUCAAGUCGUCGACCUCACCUUCCACAGUUCCGUCUAGGCCACCUUCACGGAACCUCUUCUUCUAAUCCUUUUUCUUCUCUUUCACCCUCUCGUUUGCCCUCUUUUUGUUUAAUCAUUUGUUAUUUUUUCCUUAAUUUUCCCCUCCUUUUUGGGAGGGAGGGAGGUAGGGUUUGGCAUUUCUGUUGUGUAAUGUCUUGAUUGUUAUUGUGUCAGUUGCCAUUUUUUUCCCUA